GAAAUUAAAACUGUUAGCUAAAUUCGUGGGCAUAAAUUAGGAAAAUUCAUGUUUUAGACAUUAGAGAGGAUCUUUUGGGUAAAGAAACACAAAGAUCUAUGGAAAAAGACAGAAACACACCAACCAUAUAACUAAAUCCUGCCAGCACCAACCCCCAAAAGUUUCAUUACCACCCAACAAGAAAUCAAAAACAUCCAUAAAAUUGUCUAGAAGAAAAAAUUAAGACAAGAAUGGCGAAGGCUCUUGUGAUCAUAAACUGCAUAAUCCUAGCCAUAGGAAACUGUGGAGGUCCUCUGAUUAUGCGUCUCUACUUCAACAAUGGUGGCAAAAGGAUUUGGUUCUCUACAUUUCUUGAAACUGCUGGCUUUCCUGUUAUCUUCAUCCCUUUGCUCUUCUCUUACAUUCACCGGCGCAGAAACAACAAUGGUGGCGAAAAUGCAACAAGUUUCUUUCUUAUCAAACCGCGUCUUCUUGGCGCGGCUAUUGUCAUAGGCAUUCUCUCUGGCUUUGAUAAUUACUUGUAUGCAUAUGGUAUAGCAUAUCUCCCUGUUUCAACGGCUGCUCUCAUCAUUGCUUCACAGUUAGCUUUUAUAGCUAUCUUCUCAUUCUUCAUGGUUAAACAUAAGUUUACUCCUUUUACCAUUAAUGCUGUUGUGUUGUUGACUGUUGGAGCUGCGGUAUUGGGAAUGCAUACCGAAACUGAUAGGCCCGUUCAUGAGACCCACAAGCAAUACGUUAUUGGGUUCUUGGUGACCGUGGCUGCAGCUGUUGUGUAUGCUUUUAUCUUGCCAUUAGUGGAACUUGCUUACCAGAAAGCUAAGCAACCCUUGAGCUAUACGCUCGUUCUCGAGGUCCAGAUGAUUUUGUGCUUCCUUGCUUCUAUUGUCAGCCUCAUUGGUAUGUCCAUCGCUGGUGAUUUCAAGGCCCUACCAAAAGAAGCAAAAGAGUUCAAGCUUGGAGAGGCACUGUUCUAUGUUGUGGCUGUGUUUUCGGCUAUAAUAUGGCAAGGCUUCUUCUUGGGAGCCAUUGGAUUAAUCUUCUGCACAUCUUCUCUCGUCUCGGGUAUCAUGAUAUCAGUCCUUUUGCCCAUCACGGAGGUUUUAGCUGUUAUAUUUUACCAUGAAAAGUUUCAAGCAGAGAAGGGACUCUCUCUUGCUCUCUCCCUUUGGGGUUUUGUCUCUUACUUUUAUGGUGAGAUAAAGUCUGACAACGAUAAAAAGAGGAUUCAGCAGGAGGAGAGUCAGGAGACAGAACGGUCUUCUUUGUCAUCAAGAACCAUUAGUGAGUGUUAAAACUAAACGAAUCAUAGAUUAUUUCAAAAACAUUAUAGUACUCAUAUCAGCCCUGUAGUUAGAUCAGACAGAGGAUGUUUUAAUAACUUGUGGAACAACGCCAAAAACACAACUCUUGAGUUUUUUUUUUUUUUUUUCCUUUUUUUUAUCAGCUGUACUUGUGGAUGUCUCUUAUUAUUCACAUCAAAUGGGUUUGUGAUAAAAUAUGAAGUCAAAAUCAUGACCCUUGCCCUUUCUGUUAUGCUGUUGAACUGUACGUUUUUCCAGCAAUAGAUGAAAUUAGUCUU